CUGAACGUACAGUAGCAGUGCUAACCACUAGCUUAGCUCGGUCAAACAAUGGCUGAGUAUUCCCACGUGAAAUCAACCAAACUGGUUUUGAAAGGUCUUAACAAAGGGAAAAAGAGGAAGCAUAAAGAUAAGAAGAAAAAGGCAGGAGAGGAUGAAGAAAAAGCUGAUGUUAUUGGUGGUUGGUGGUCUGUCAACAACUUUGGGGACAUCUCCGGAAGUGUUGCCAUAGAGAUGCAGAACAACGCUUACAUCCAUGCCGUGGAUAAUGGCCUAUUCACACUCGGUGCGCCGCACAAAGAUGACGAAGGACCCGACCCCCCGGAGCAGUUUAUUGCCGUCAAGCUCUCAGACACGAGGAUAGCCUUGAAGUCUGGAUACGGCAAGUACCUGGGUAUCAACUCCGAUGGCCUGGUAGUCGGCCGCUCUGAUGCCAUCGGCGCCAGAGAACAAUGGGAAACGGUCUUCGAGAACGGCAAAAUGGCUCUCAUGGCGGCAAAUAGUUGUUUCAUCUGCUACAGUGACAACGGGGACAUCGUGGCCAAGAGCAAGACGGCAGGGGAUGACGAGAUGCUGAAGAUCAGAUCGAGUGCGGAACAAGAGGUCAAGCGUAAAGAUGACAUCGUAGAAGAAGACAGGGGCAACGUGAAGUCUUGCGAGGUCAACUAUGUGAAGAAGUUUCAGAGUUUUCAAGAUCGGCGGCUUCUUGUUAAUGAGGGAGACUCCUCCACGCUGAAGAGGGCCAGAACAGACGGGAAGUUUCAUGAAACUUUGCUUGACAGGAGAAGCAAAAUGAAAGCAGACCGGUACUGCAAGUGAAGACUCAACUUUGUCGGUCACUGCGAUGUCUUUUGUAAAUAUCUUUGAUCAAGAUUUGGCCAUUUGAUCGGACAUUUAAUGUACCCUGCUUUUUUGUUGUUUUGUUUUUAAUAUCUUUGAAUAAAAUGACACGGUCAAAUCAG